AUGUAUACCUAAAAAGAGGAGACAGCAUAUUUUGCAGCAAAUCAUUAAUUAUUUAAUUUAGAAUUUCAUUAAAAAGUUGAAGAUAAAUAAUAUUUUAAUAUAAUUCAAAAAACAAAGAAUUGUCAUAAAAAGGAUAUUAAUAGUUUUAAUGUAGAUGAAAAUGAUAAAAUUUCAAUUUCAACAAGUCCAAAUAGUUAUAUAAAGAUUUGGAAUGUGAAAGGAGAUUUGUUAAAGGAAAUAAAUCCAUCAUAAGGGGACAAUUAUAUUUCAUGUUUAAUGAAAGUACUUUUGUUGGAGUGUGGAAACAAGUAUUAAUGAGAUUAAGUUCAAUAGGAUCAUACAUUUAGAAUACUUGAAAAGAAGGAAGUAUUAAAAGGUGAGAAAACAAGUGUAUUGGAUGCAAGUUUUUUAAACGAACUUAGAACUUUGGCUACUUUAUGUAAUAAAUCAUAGUGUAGAGUAUAUAAAAUAAAUACUGAGAGAAAGAUUAAAGAGGAUAUUAGAUUAUUAAAUAAGAUUGAACAUUAAAAUAUUAGUGCAGUUGCAUUAAAUGAAAAAAAUAUAAUUGUAGCUAUUGAUGGAAAUAUUCAUAUCUAUGAUAAAAAUGUAUAAAUAAUAUUAAUAUAUAAUAGUUCUAAUAAAUAGAUUAAAUUGAUAAUGCUGCUAAUGGUGCAUAUAUAGAGAGAGUGA